AACUGGUCCUUUAAGUCCUGAAACCUUUAUAUUCUUAACUGGAUGACGAUUGGCUCCUGUAUGCUUGCUUUCGUCAUAUUCUAACAUUUUUCAACCGCAACUACUGUUUGAUUUACUUAGAUCUCGUAGACAAGUCUACCAAAGCCAGUGACUUUGAGAUGUGUGUCCAAUGGUUUCAACCAGAGCUCGACUGUUUAUUUGUCCAAGAUCCAGCGGACUCCCAGUCAGGUCUCCACAGAGCAGCAUGUGUCUUGUAUGCCUUUAACAAUAAGGCUCUUGAUCUUUCGACAAACCCAGUCGUCGGUCAAGUCAAGGCCGGGCUCUGUCACGUGAUAGAGUCUCGUGCUCAGGCCCUCCACGAGAAGCUUAUGUCCACAUUGGAAAAAGCUGAGAACGACCUGGCACCCGUGCAGAGCUCUCAGUCAGGAACUGAUCAAAAUAAAGGUCGUUCGUCCAGAAUGGAUCCUGCGCAAUUAACGGUUCCUGGAAACCUGGAUCAGAAACCCUCUGGAAUGGGGACCACGGCGCGUAAAAAGAAGAGCAUGGGAAUAAGGGCUCUCUCAGCAAAGCAAAGAAAGGACGACCAAAUUAGGGCCUUGCUGAAAGAGCACUUGACUGAAAUACGCGCCUUGUUACAACGUGAGGUGCCAGUUUCGGUUGAGGUGAGCAUGUGAUCCCUUUUUGAUUGCAACAGGGGAACAUGGU